AUGGCAUGUUUGGGUAUUGGCUUUACUACGUAUGUAGAUGAACCCCGUGGUGUAGUAGUAUCAUAUGUUAAUGAGAAGGAUGUACCGCUUCACCUUGUCGACAGUAUUAGCGAAAACGCUAAGAAAUACAAUGACAAAUUGACGAUCACAGCAAGGAGAGUCAGCGAAUUCCUCAAUUUUUGCCUAUCUCGUUAUCAAGUGGAAAAGAUUCGAACAGGUGCAGAACUGCAACAGGAUGACGCUGAUCCUGGUCCAGCAAUUGAGCCUUUCUUAACCAAAGCUGUGGAUAUCAAGCCCAGUUCUUUGCUUUCUGGAGUCUCGAGUGGUCCUGAAAUCAUCGUUGUUGGGCCGGAUCAUACGGCCCUCAUAACUGAAAACGAAUAUGAGAAGCUCGAGGAGACCGACCCAAAACUUUUGAAGAAAAACUUCACGAUUCGUGGAGAUCGCCUGUUAUCACUGUUUCGGUUUUGUCCUCAGUGCGGCUGCGCGAAAUCCGCUGCCCCAUAUCGGUUGGCCAUGGCUCAACCCAAGCAACAAGGAGAUGAGCAACCACAAAGCGGUAGCGAACGAGAGCGCACUAACAGACAAGAAUCGGAUGAAACAUCCUACAGCGGAGCUUCCACUUCCCGCCUUGUGUCCACCCCUGUUGACAAAGGCACAUCAGAAACAAGCAAUGAAGGAUCCGAGAAAGCAGUGAAAGUGGUGCAAGCUCAAGAACAAGCGGCUCCUUCUGCUCCUCCAUCUGAAAGUCAUGAGGAUGUAGGAGAGGGUGUGUUGCAAAGAGUUUUCCAUGGGCUGGUUAGAAGACGAGAGGGUGAGCUAGUGCGAAGAAUAGUCCCAGAACAGGCUGCUCCUGCCAUUGUGGUUCCAAAAUCAGAGCCGAUGGUGUAUGUGGAGAAAAAAGGAAAAUUUCGAGCUAUGAAGAAGAAACUGUUUGAUCGUCAACAGGAAAUCGGUAUGCAAAACGUGCGAGAUAAUGUAUUCUCGUCCGUGAUCGGAUUCAUCUCGUCCAAGCAUCCCGAUGUUGCCGUUGCUUACUCUUUCCAGAACAAUUUUCACAAUGUGUCAAUGAUAAUGCAAGGCUUCCUCUCCGGUCUAACAGUAGCUGAAGCAGUAUUUGCGUUCAAUUUUGCGGAUGAGGAGCUUAUUUUGCAUGGCUAUCGUUGGAUGAGCCUACCAGUGCAUGUCGUUUUUCUCAUAUGUUUCACUAUCGGAUGUGUAGCAGCGAUUGAUAGAACGGGUUUUUAUGACUGGAGCUUAGCCGGAAUCAAGAAAACCAUCUCACACAGCGGAAGUAUUGGGAUUCUCCUGUGGUCAAUCGGAUUGAUGGCAAGUGCAGCGUCUAUUCGAUUUGAUGAAGCGAUUGCACCAAUUGUGGAAAAUCCUAACCUCACACCAGAGCUGCUCGUCUAUUGGCGCAUUUGCAGUGCUAUUCGAGCUGUGUGCGCCAGUGCAGCUUGGUUGCUGCUUGCUUUGAGACCUGACUGCAAUGUGCUUGGAGAAACAAUAAAACAAACAGCAAUUAGUGAAAUGCUGCAGCGGAACAAUGAUCUGUUAGAGGAAGUCCCGAAUGAGUUCAAAGGUCAAUUGGCAAGGGUGCUUGAUGUCCAACACUAA